UUUAGCACCUUCCUUUAUGGGUUCCCCACCCCCAUAGUUCAAUGUGUGUAAAGAGAUGGCUCAGAUUCUAACUGCCAUGAAGUGACUCUUGACAGCUUUAGAUUGUGUGGUACCAAGUGACUAACCUGGGUCAGCAAUGACAUCCACUCUUCAAGAAUUCAUCCACUCUCUGAAUCCCAGAACCCUCCCAAGAGUCCUUCAGAUCCAAUCAGGCAUCUAUUUCCAAGGUUCUGUUUAUGAAAUGUUUGGAAAUGAAUGCUGUCUAUCAACAGGAGAAGUGAUCAAAGUAAAUAGUUUCAAAAUAAAGAAGAUCAUGGCUAAUAUUUGUAAGGAAAAUGAAGAUGGUCAAUGUUCUCCCAAAUUUGAACUGCCUUUAAAUUUUCCAGGUCUUUUCAAGAUUAUGACUGAUAGGAUACCGUAUCAUACAAUGAGUGACAUUACAAGAGCAGUUUAUAUUGGCCCAAAUCGGCUAAAUCACCCUUGCUUCUACUAUCAGAAGAAUAUAAAAUUGGGGAAUCUCACCAUCAGCCCCGGUGAACCCAUCAUGCUCAACUCCAUGGAAGAGAUUAAUGGAGAAAUGAUGGUGAACUGUGGUGUGGAAAGGAACAAUCAGACUCAUUUCUUUACCAUACCUUUGUCACAAGAAGGAGAGUUUUAUGAGUGUGAAGAUGAACAUAUGUAUACACUAAAAGAAAUUGCAGAGUGGAAGAUUCCAAAGAGCAGGAAACGGAUUGUGAAAUUUACAGAUAUUUCUAAUAAAUGGAACUCCAUUUAUCCAUUUCCUGAGGAUUUUGAUGGUUUGCUUAGUCUCACACCCAUCUAUGAAAUACAGGCAGUGAUGAAAUUCCGAAAGGAUAUAGUUCGUAUCCUCUCUGACCUUGAUGUGGAAGUUAAAGAUGUAACUGACUGCUAUGAUGCUAAGUGUUUCCUUCAGCUCCUAUCUACUGAAGAUCUUUUUGAAAAAACCAGCAAUGAAUUCCCCAUGGCAGUUGAAGUGAUAGAAGGACCUCAAGGGAAUCCACUGGGCAGUGGCUUAUUGCAACCUGGGAAAACCAUUGUCAUCCACAAAAAGUACCAGGCAUCGAGAAUCUUAGCUUCAGAGAUUAGAAGUGAUUCCCCCAAAAGGCAUUUCUUGAUUCCAGCUAGCUACAAAGGUAAAUUUAAGCGGAGACCUCGAGAAUUUCCUACUGCCUAUGACCUGGAGAUAGUGAAGAGUGAUAAAGAGCAGCUCCAUGUGGUAGCCACAAAAGGCUUUGAUUCCCCUUAUGAGGAGCUGUCAUCUGUGUCUGUGGGGGACCAGUUUUUAGUUCAGCACUCACAGACCAGUGAAGUUCUGUGUAAGGGGAUCAAAAAAGAAGUGGGUGUUCUGGCUUGUGAAAAAAUCCUCAAAAAGGCCUAUGAAUCUGUUCUUUUACCACUGUACAUGGAAGGUGGCUUCAUAGAAGUUAUUCAUGACAAGAAGCAAUACCAGCUUUCUCAGUUAUGUGCUCAGUUUCGCUUGCCUUUCAAUGUUAAGGUCUCUGUGAGGGACCUCUCUAUUGAAGAUGACAUUUUGGCCGCCAUACCUGGCCUGCAACUGGAGGAAGAGAUCACAGAUUCUUAUCUGCUCAUCAGUGACCUUACUAACCCCAGUGAGAGCUGGGAGAUUCCUGUCAGCCGCCUGGGUAUGUCUGUCCAAUUGGUUAGCAGUUCAGUUGAUGUCAUUGACUCAUUUCCGGUACGAACCACUGUAGAAGAAAUCAGUGAAGAAGAGUAUUACAUGAUAAGGAGAUAUGAAAACCUAGCCUUACAUCCACCACCUCGACCCCCCAAAAACCCCUCCAUAAUGGAAAGGAAAUCAAAUUUUCUUGCUCCUCCCAAGCUAAAUAUCAUGGAUCCACCAAAAUCUUCCAAGGUAGGCCUUUAACCUAAUAAACCUUGAUGCAUUUACUAGAGGAGAGUUCAUUGCUUGUCUUUAUUAAAUUUAUUUUUUUGCUUACUUGCCUUUUCUUCUUGCCGUAUUUGAAAUGAGGCUUUAUGAGUCACAUUAGAAGAGUGAGCCCUUACAGAACAUAAGCUGCUAGUCAUGUAUUUAGAUACUUAAACACGGGAUGUUGUGUGAUGUUUCUGCUGAAUUAGGAGUAAUAAGUAUGGUAUUUGUAUAUAAAGACUCAAACUGCCAUUUCAAUGGUGGUUUUGGUAAUUAUGAGUGUUUUAUAAGGUAUCUUAACAGCAAAUCAAUUUCAUUCUGGAAGCACUGAGUGUUUUCAUCUAGGUAGUAUAGUUUUAACACUUUAUCUAGGAAAUGAGCAUACAAUAAACUCCUCUGCUUUUGGGGUAGCUGGUAGCAUAAGCUAUAACACUUGUCUUCAUUUUGUUUUAUGUUUGGAAAGAUGGAAAAUGGCUUGGUGAAACUGUGUAUAGAAAUGGGAACAGCAUCUGCUCACAUUCUGUCUGUCUUAGCCAGAGCUGUUAUCAUUCCUUCUUUCAUUCAAAAACAAAAUCAAUAAAAUUGCAGACAGUUUGAAAUCGUUAGAGUCAAUAGUGCCAUCAGCAAGUUAAAGAUUUUCUACUGGAGCGACUUCAUUUUUUCCUGCGCUAGUUGCCCUUUGGUUGUAGUCAGGGUAGUCAGGACGCCGGUUGAAAAGAAUACAACCUUUAGCUGAUCAUGAGAAAGAUUAUGCCCGUUUUAGGAUGUGGAGUUAUACAAGGGGUAGAGAACUUUGGUGUGACAGAAAUUGUAGAAACUGCAAGGGAAAAUAAACAAGUAGCAUGACAAAGAAAUGAGGGUGUUUAAUUUGUACACAAAAGCCUUAGGCUUUAAGUAUAUACAUGCUGAUAUACAUUUAAACUCAGUUUUCAAGAUUAUACUCUGAUUACAUGUAAGAGAGAUCCAGAAAAAUCCUUCUUCCUGUGAAAACUGAACCUGUAGGAAUUUUCUAUGCUUAUGAAUGUUAGUUGGAUUCCUGACUGGAUGACUGUUUUAUCCCAAAGAAUGCUGAUUACAGGAUUAUUGUUAAACUGGAGGGAGGUCUCUAAUGUUUGUAGGGUUCUGUCCUUGGUCCCUGAAUGGUUCAACAUUUUUAUCCAUGACUUGGCUGAAAAUGGAGAAAGAAGACAUGCCAAUCAAAGUCAUAGAUGGUACAAAGCUGAGGAAGAGUUUUAGGCUGGAUGACAGAAUCAGACCUCAAGAUGACUUUAGUGUUAGAAUGAUGGGCCAAAAUCAACAGUAAUUUGUCAGUAAUAAAUACAAAGUCCUACUUUUCAUUUAAAAAUUAACUGUCAUAUGAAUACAGAAGUGAAUUGUCUUGAUAGCAGUUUGCAUUAAAAAAAAAAAAAAACCCUGCAAAUUUAAAAAGACUGAUUCAUUUUUAAAAACUAAAAUCUGUGAUUUCAUUGUCAUAAAGAACCCUUAGUGGGGAAAUUACCUCUCCCAAUGUCACUCUUGUGAGGUUUGAGAAAUAGAAAGGUGCCUAAGAUUGUAAUACCAUAGCAAGAGGUGGAUGUGGGAAUUGCAUGUGAUAG